AUGGAGCCCACAGCUAAAGGACGGACCGAGAAAAAUUUCAGCUACGUUGUCAGAGCCCCCAGCAGCGAUGGGUUUGAUGUCAUGAACGUUGAUGUGAAGAUCGACACGUCCUGGGUGUUCCAGGACGUAGAAGACAGCGAUGGGGAGCAGGAAGCCCGAAGCCCACGCGCGGACCCAGGCACGCUCAGGAAGCAGCUGGAAUCCUCGGAGCAGAAGCUGCUGGCCGCCAUGGACAAGUACGUGAUGUCCGAGUCCGGGCUGAGGAGCAGAAUCCAGGAGCUGGAGCUGUCGGAGAGACAACUGCUGCACAAGGUGGACCAGCUGAGCGCCCGUGUGAAGCAGGAACAGAGCGCUGCUGUCCGGGCCCAGGAGAAGCUGCAAGCCCUGCAGGGGGAGUUUGCCAGCCAGGUCCUGGAGAAGGAGCGCGCGGCCCGGCGGCAGCGGUGUCGGCUGCGGCGGCUGCGGGAGCGGCUGCGGCGCCAGGACGAGGCUCUGGGGCGGCAGGCGGAGGCCCUGGAGCGCUGCCGGCGGACGCAGCGGCGCCAGCUGGGCCUGGUGCGCGAGCAGGAGCGCGGCCUGCGGGAGCAGGUGCGGCGGCUGGAGCGGGACGUGCGGCGCCUGUGCCGGGCGGCUGGCCUCCUGCUGGCCGAGCUGGACGCCCCGGCCCCGGCCCCGGGCAGCCCCUGCCCUCCCGGCCCGGCCGGAGCCCGGGGCGUCUCCGGGGAGGCCGCGGAGCUGCGCGCCCUGCAGGCCGAGCGGGAGCGGGAGCGGGAGCGGGAGCGGGCCGAGGCGGCGCGCAGGCUGCGGGAGCAGCGCGACACCGAGCGCAGGCUCCGCGGGCAGCUGGAGGACCUGCGCUGCUGCAUCUACGAGCUCAAGCUGUCGGAGAUCGGCCUGCAGGGCCAGGUGGAGGACCUCGCCCAGCAAAACCAGAGCCUUCGCCAGGCGCUGGGGGCCCGGGCCCCGGGGGAGAGCGCGCGCAGCCCCGCCGCUGCUGGUCACUGCAGCCCGGGGAUUAUGACCCUGUGUGACCAUGAGGGUGCCCGGGUUGAUGGAGGUAUCAUGGGUUUUGUCACCUGCAUGAGCUUCGUGGUCAGCCAACGUGGCUUCCAGACCCAAUCUGCUGCUUGUCAGCAGACAGUCAUUCACAUCUCCAAGCCUUGGUUUCCUUCCCUGGCAGGCCAGCCCUCUGAGGGGCGCUGCUCCUGGGGCUGCAUUGGAGCAGGACAAGGCCCUUUGGUUGUGGUGCCAGGCCUGGAGACCAGAGACGGGUCCCUGGAAGACAUCACAGGAUCUGACCGUGGACAGCCGAUUCCGUCUGAACCCAGCAUGGAUGAACAGGCUCUCCUCCUCGUCUGCGGCUGCCCCUCCGGACAGUACAGGGACAGCUCACUCCUUCCCGUGGAGCUGGCCUGGAUUUCAGAGCAGAGGCUAGCAGCCGCCCAGGCCCAGGGAUCCUUUCUCCUGGUGCAGACGUCCACACUCCCUCCCUGGGGGCCAGCUGGGGACCCCCCUUCCCUGCCGCCGCCACUGCUGCUCCAAGAGACUUCGCCACAAGAAUCCCAAAUGGAGCAGGUGCUGGAUGCCAGGCCGUCGCCUGCUCCCAGAGCCUCAGGACAACCCGGUCAAGAUCGUCACUGGGAAAAGAGCCACAAAGCCUCGCUCUGCCAGGAGUCCCCAGAGACUUCAAGUCAGCGAUUUCCCAGGAGAGGGCCCAGAGAUCUAAAAGACCCUUGGAAGGAGGGAGGAGGACCAGAGUGGAGAACUGAGGAGCAGGGGGUGAGGAAGGCUGCGGGCAGGAAGGAGGAAGACCUUGGUGGCAAGAGUAAGCUAAGUCAGGAAAGCAGAGAAAACCCGAGCUUGUGGGCUGGCGUUGGAGCCCCAGAGGGCGUGCUGAUCGAGAACGGGGCUUUAGAAACCCAGGCCUCUGCCUCCUGCCCCGGGCCCGGCCCACAGUCCCCACUGCCUCUUCUGCAGCAGGAGGCCUCAAUGUCAACCGAGGGACCCACAGCCCUGAGGCCAGCCAAGGAAGAAACUCUUGUGUGGUCUGGAAAUGCUCUGCAUCUGCAAGAGGAAAGCCCUGGGGAUGAAGGGCAAAAAGAGAAGGAGGAGGAGGCAUGGCCUCUAGAAGGGUCCAGUCUGGGCCACAGCGACAUCCUGGAGGAGCCUGGUCCCAUGGAAUGUGCAGGCCGCGAUACACUCUUCCCAGCGGCAGAGGGAGGUCUGACACUGUCCCCCAGAUUGGCCUUUUCACCCAAGGGGACCGAGCCCAUCAGUAGCCCGUGGGUGCUGAGCAAAGGAUCUGGCGGUUCUGAGCUCAGAAUAGAUGAAUUUGAAAAGGAGAUGGAAGCUUGUUUCCAGCAACUCUCCAUCCUGGAGCUUGGGGGCGGGGGACGGUGGCAGCAAGCCUCCAGGCUGGCAGGAGAGAGCAGGAGCGUGGCUCUGAAAUGGCACAGCUGCCAGGGGAACGCUUACUCCUGGCAGGGUUUGGGCAACCAGGGCUUGGAGAUGUGUUUGGCCAGGGAAGUCAAACCCGGGGAGACUAGAGCAGGGGGUAGACCAGGAGAGAUGGAGGCUGUGGGAGCCAGCGCGGGCCUUCCAGGGAUGGUGACCGAUUUGGAUCACAUGAGUCCGGGCCCAGAGUGGCCCUCAGAGCUGGGCCAGAACCAGGCACCGAGAGCCUUUGAGAGACAGAGGAGGAGGUUUCAUCAGCUCAUUUCUGGACUGAAGAUAGAGAGAAGCCAAUUUUUACAUGACAACGCUGAGCUUCGGGCUGACCGAGAGAGAUGCCAUAGAAAACUGUGCAUCCUCGAAAAAGAGAGGGACAGGAAUGUGACAAGGAUAGCCACACUCGAACGGGAAAACAGCAUGCUGUUAGGGGACAUCACUGACUUUAAGGGGGAGCUGGACCAAAGUUGGCAGGUCAUCUCUGACCUGGAAGACUGCAAUGCAAAAAGUUACGGCAAGAUUUCUGAGCUCGAAGAGGAGAACGAGAAGCUGAAAGGGCACCUGGCCCAGCUCCAGAAAGCCGCACUGGAGAGCGUCAGAAAAUCCAAAGGUGUGAUGGAGCACGUCACGCUGGAAAACCGGGAGCUCAAGGCGCUGAUCUCGGAGCUCGGGGUCAGCCACGAGGAGCUGAUGAAGGGCGUGGUGCUGGGGAUAGAAGACUCGGUCCGGGCCUUCAGGGGGGAACAUGCCCACCUUCUGCGCAGGGUCUGCGUCCUGGAGACGGAGGUCAUGUUGGGGGCGAGCACAGCCGUGGGUCGCUCAGUAGGAGCAGAGGAGGGUCUGCAGGGGGAAGGCAAGAUGCCCGGGGACAAGGGGAACGCUGUGGACAGGGGGGUGCAGGUGACUCCACUUUCCGGGCAAUUGACUACAAGAGCCCACGGGCCGCCCUCGGUGGCGAAAUCAGGUGUGGCCGGCCGGUGGAUGGGGCCUGCCUUAGGCACGGAGAAUUCCAGAUACGAUGCCAAUUCUGCAGCUCCGUCAUUGGCCUGGGGAAGCGCCGAAGUGUCCCCACACGGAAGCAUCAGUGGAGCAGGAGCAAAGGAAGCACAUUUGGGAGAGGAGGAGAAGAGACCACGGUGCCCUACAGACCCAGGGCGAGCUCCGAGGGCCCUGAGCCAUGGCCCCCAGCUGCAGGACCUGGAGGCGGACACCCCCAGGGAGGACCUGAGGCUGCAAGUCCAGCAGCUCCGGCACCAGGGGCUGACCCUGCAAUGUCAGCUCAGAGACCUGACGUCAGCCUACCGGGAAGCCACCUGCCUCCGGGACCAGCUCAAGAGCGAGCUGCAUGAACUUCGGAAAAAGCAACACGAGGCAAAUUUCGCUGUGGCUCCUUUGAAGGCCAAGCUGGCUUCCCUGGUUCAGAAGUGCCGGGAGAGGAACCACCUGAUCACACACCUACUGCAGGAGCUGCGUAGACACGGGCUGGCGAAUCACCUGCUCUCUGAGACGGCGCAGAGCAUGGUUGACGACGUGGCACUGGCCGAGUACGCGGCCACCUUCCUGGCUCCGGGGCUCCCAGAGACCAGCCACCAUCUGGAUGUCGAGUCUGAGAAGGCAGGAGUCGUAGGAGCUCAGAAAUCCCUCCUGAAUCUCAAAAUGGACAGUGUCAGCAUCCAAAGACCUUUGCAUUCAGAAUCCCGGCCUGUUCCUGAGGCUGAGUGGCCAGCACAGAUGGCUCGACUGGAUUCUCCGAAGCUUCCCCUGCCCUCAGGGCUGACGCCUGCUCCUGGAGUGUGCCCGGCUACCGCCACCGUGGAGACAGCACUCUCUGCACAAUCCUGGCGAGAAGAAGGCGGACCAUCCUGUCCCAUCCUCCUCCAAGCCGAUGGCCUCCCGCCACCCCCUGAGCUCCUGAGUCCUGCGAGGAUCCUGGCUCUCCACAAAGAGCUUAGACAAAGCAUUUGCAGCAAUUCGCAGGUCAAUAAAUCACCGCUGGAGUUCUAA